AUGGCUUACAUUGCAUGCAGAGUGUCGCAAUUCUUGGGAUCUUGGAACGGGCAGCACUUCACGAGAAAGGACAACUCGAGAUUCGAGGUCUGUGUGGAAUCAGUGCGUAAGUACACUGGGCCCUCCACAAGCAAGAGAAGGAGGAACAUUGAUGCAGAUUCAGCCUUUCAUGCGUAUCGCGUGGCCGUCCUUCAGAACCCACAAGACCUGAAGGGCAAGCUGGUCAUUCUUGAAGAACCUUUGCGCAAGAUUGACCCGUCCCGCAUAGCAGCAUCUCUGGACACUGACCCUUGGUUCAGCCUUGGAGAGUCGCACUCUCCUCAUGCCUGGCACGCGACCAGAGUCCAUCAUCGUUGGCGACUACUCUCGGCCCCAGAGGCUGCCGUGGAGAGAGUAGGCUCCAUGAUGAACAACCUGUGGUCUGAUAACCAGCAUCCGUCCCCUGGGGCCUUCAUGGUCCGGGUGAUGUUGCAGCAAGCCUAUGUCUCAGUGACGGGACAUACCAGAGACGAGCUUCUUGUUCGUGCGGUUGUCGAGCUCAUACAACGGACCCGUGUCAGGCAGAAAAAAAGUGGACGACCAAGAGAGCUGAAUCAGGUGCAAGCGCUCCAUGACCGCAUAGAGAAUUCCGGCCGUUGGCACAGCAGCCUUUUCGAUGGGUGCUCCGCCCAAGAGGUCUUGUCCCUUAUCGAGCCCGAGAGUCUGCUACAAUCGCGCAGUACUGUGCGAGAGUUGCGAAAGGCCGCGCUAGCGCGCGGGCUGCCCUCGACUGUGCCUGAGACUAUCGAGCAUUCCUGGAGCAAGGCCAUGGCCUCGGGAGUUGUGGAAUCUUUGCCCAUGGGUGUGUCAGUUCAGCGAAAGAGUGCGGGCAAAGCAGCUCCCUCGACAAUGCAGGCGCGACUAGAUGAUUGGUUGGACAGUGAAGAAGGAAAGAAGUGGCAAUCCCGGCGCCAACAGAUAUGGGCUCCCGGAAGCGAGGCAAAGAUGGCUGAAGAUGGUGUCAUGUUCGAGGGCAGCAGCAGCAGCAGCCGUGAGCAGAUGGCUGAAGAUGGUGUGAUGUUCGAGGGCAGCAGCAGUGAGUCGAGCGACGUUCCCUGCGGGUGCCAAUGGGAAAGAGAGUCAGCAGGGUCUUCAAUGGACAUCGCAACGUUUGAGGCUGAUGCCGAUGUUGCCAAUCGCAUAGAGUCAGCUGGGUCUUUCGCAACGUUUGAGGCUGAUGCCGAUGUUGCCAAUCGCAUUGCUGGUGUUAAUCCUGUACCAGAUUCCACAAGUUCCCUUGUCACCGCAUUUCGCGCGGGAGUCUUCAUGGUCGAAUUCUUGCAGCAGACCUUUGGUGCUGAGAAGCUGAGAGAAAGCCUUCUGAACCAUGCCAACCUGUUCUCCAGCCAUUGCUCCGGCAUCGGGUCGCCGGAACAGGCCUGCGACAUUUUGCAAGCUGCUUUGACUGCGACACUGGGCUGGCCCAAGCGAUGGCAAUCUGUGUCGGCUUGCGAGAUCAACAAAGCGUGCUGCGCGAUUUUGGAGCAGAAGCUGCCAAGCGAUUGUUGCAUCAAUCGCAACAUAUUUGAUGCCUUUCCGGGCUGGGAUUCAAGCCUGGGCCCAAGUCCAACAAUUUUGGAGAGGUGGACGGCUUUGUGCUCGGCGUGGCGCCCAGACAUCAAACUUCCUUGUGCAGCGCACGGCGGUUUGUGCAAACAGAGACGUUCAAAUUUGAAUGUUACAGGUUCCCCAUGCCAGCCGUGGAGCAAAGCUGGCCGAAAACAGAAAACAAGUGACGUCCGUUUCAACGUCACUUUGGCUUACUUGUGCUGGAUCUGGUGUACAAAACCAGUGGUGGCUCUGCACGAGAACGUUCUGGGCUUCCACAAAAACAUCAUCCCGGAGCUCAUAGGUUCACUAUACAAGGUCAUCGAUUUGCACAUCCAGCCCUCCGAUGCCGGGUUCGUAUUCGUCGGCCGCCCACGGCACUUUGCGAUAAUAGUGCGGAAGGACGUGGAAAUCACCCGCAAUAUGUUGACCGUUCUGCAAGAAGCUUCCAAGUACAUCAAGGAGAAAGUUGGAUUUCCGCGAGUGUCUGCGUGCAUGGUUGCGACUGCUGAAGAGUGUUUGCUGUGUGAGAACAAAGCAAGGCUUAAACGAGGCUUGGGACCGCUAACUGUCGCAAGCUCUGACUGGUCAUACCUGCUUACCACCAAGCAGGUUGGGUACCUCCGCGAUUACCAUAAGCUUUGGGAAGAGCAAAAUGCGAAGAAAGGCGCAGUGUCAAAUUUCCCUCCCGACCUCCUGAUGAACCUAUCGCAGGACCCCAACGUGCGCCCCGCCAUGUUCCAGCACCUGCCCACGAUGCGGGCAAGCGGGGGAAUUCUCUGGAGCCCUUCAAUGAAGAGAUGGCUGUUGGACAGGGAGUGUGCUCUCGCAAUGGGGUGGCCUGUGUUACAGGCCACCGCUUCCGCAGCUGGCGUGCCCAUGGACAGCUUCGACUACAAGACAUCUCAGCUGGGCAACUCAAUGCAUGUCUUUGCAGCAAUGCUUGCGCUAGCAGUUGCUCUCGGGUGCACGCGCAUGCAGGUGGAGCACCGGCCGGCGUAG